AAAUCGUUAUAAUACAUAACUUUUUAUCCAUUACAUAAUAAAUGUUAAUAUCAGACGCAUCAAAUGUAUUGGAAAAUAGUUUAAGCGUUACUUUUCUGCAAGUUCUCGUGCAGUAAUCGACUUGCACUCUGCCGUCCCUACACACAUGCGCGCUCCCGAUAAUUGUGCCUGCGCUUGGUGGGGUGAGCGGACUUCACUCCUCCGUCCGAUUUGACAAGCAGGAAGACGGCUGGCGUCCAAAUCAAACAUGGAAAUAACAAGCUAAUGUAGUAUUGUUAUUUUGCUUCUUAUAAUCUGUUAAAGUAGAAAUAAGAGAAGCGCUUACUUAAGGUGUUUUUAGGGUUUUCGAAAUUUGGUCCUCUUCGCCCCAUGCGCCUGUCACCAUUCGUGAGGGGGGAACAGGCUUUGUUUUGUUUGGUCUUGUGUGGCUUUUGCAAUUGUCGGGCGGGGGUAGGAAGGGGUUAUAUCCAAUACAGUGGAUUUGUACACAAUUUGGCGAGGGUUCCUGUGUAGAAAUGUCUUCGGCACGGGUGGACUAUAUUGCACCAUGGUGGACGUUCUGGCUACACAGUUUCCCCCACAUCAACCUUCGCUUUCAGCCCGUUGAUCGUGUCUUCAGACCUGAAGAAGAGAACUACCAGCAGUCUCUGAUCUUCCUGGUGUGUGUGGCAGCCGCUGGGCUGGGCCUCACCCUGCUCUUCCUGGCCCUGUACCUGAGCUGCUUGUGCUGCUGCAGGAAGGAGCCGGCCGAGGAGAGCAAGAGACCCCAAACCUGCUGCGUCACCUGGGCCGCCGUCAUCGCCGGCCUCAUCAUCUGCUCUUCAGUGGGUGUGGGUUUCUACGGAAACAGCGAGACCAAUGACGGGGUGUACCAGCUGACUUACUCUCUCUACAACGCCAAUCACACGCUCCGUGGCAUCGACAGUCUGGUGGCAGGCACGCUGGGCAACAUGCAGCACGACUUGAAGCAGCGCGUGGACCGCCUGGAUGAGAUCUUCGCCGCGCACAAGGACUACGUCAAAACCCUCCACUUCAUGCAGAUGAUGGCCAACAACAUCAUACAGCAGCUGAGCGGCUUGCCAGAUGUGAACCGGGCCAAACUGGACCUGGCCUCCCUCGCUGACAAGACUGCCACCAUGGAGUACUACAGGUGGCUCUCUUACUUACUGCUGCUGAUUCUGGAUCUGGUAAUCUGCCUGGUGGCUUGCCUGGGGCUGGCCAAGCAGUCUCGCUGGCUCCUGACCACGAUCAUGGUUUUUGGGGUGCUGAUUUUAACCCUGAGCUGGGCGUCGCUGGGCGCAGUCACUGCCGCGGCUGUGGGUACCAGCGAUUUCUGCGUGUCCCCGGACAAGUUUGUUAUGAACCACACCAAGGGCCACGUCAGCUCCGAUGUUGUGCAUUAUUACCUGUACUGCAGCCAGAGCCUACCGAACCCUUUUCAGCAGUCCAUGACCAUCUACCAGAGGUCCCUGACCACCAUGCAGAUCCAGAUCCAGGGCCUGCUGCAGUUUGCUGUCCCCCUCUUCCCCACUGCAGAGAGAGACCUGCUCGGGAUUCAGCGCCUCUUAAACUCGUCAGAGUCCAACCUCCACCAGCUGACAGCCCUGCUGGACUGUCGGAGCCUUCACAAGGACUACCUGGACGCUCUGAUAGGGGUGUGCUAUGACGGAGUGGAGGGGCUGCUGUACCUGUGCCUGUUCUCCAUGUUGGCUGCCUGUGCCUUCUGCACCAUGCUGUGUGCUAUUCCCAGAGCCUGGAAACACAUCACCAACAAGGACCGGGACUAUGAUGACAUCGACGAGGAGGACCCCUUUAACCCGCAGGCCCGUCGCAUUUCGGUGCAUAACCCGUCCCGCGCCAACGUGCACAGCUUCUACAGCUUCAGCAGCAGCCUGGGCAGCCAGACCAGCCUGCAGCUGCCUGCACCCCCCAGCACCAGCGCACCCGUCUCUGAGUACAUGAACCAGUCGGUGUUGUUUGGGGGGAACCCUCGGUACGAGAAUGUCCCCCUGAUCAGGAGAGGCUCCCCACCACCCUCGUACUCACCCAGCAUGAGGGCCACCUACCUGUCUAUGACUGAUGGCCAGAACAGGCACUUUGGGACUGACUACCAGGUGUAGAACCCCUACAAGCGACCGUCUGCUCCUGUACUGGAGGCCGUCCCACAGUGCCGUGGGUGUUGGCCUCACGGAGACUGUCUCCGAAAGACCUCCUUCCUGGUCUUUGAAGCAGGAGUCAAAUGGUUUUUCUACAUAUAAACAUGACCUGGAGCUUUUGAGAAGCACAAGGUCUCCACAUUGUCCAAGGAUGAACAUCCUUAAGGCCAUUUUGAUUGACUUGCAAAUUAAACAUAUUUUCCCUGUUGGUCAUGGAUUUCCUUCUUUGGUGAAUUCCCAAGAAGGUCUUAUCAUUUGAAGUUCCUUAACCGGAUUUACUUCAGUAUAAAUCCAUCUAUAUAAAUGGAUAAUGUGUAGAUGCAUGCUCUGUAAGUAUCCCAGUGCUGAGGGCACCUUCUAAGUAAAAAAAAUAAAAGUAAAACAAAAAACAAAA